AUAGACGCUUAUGGCGCAUAAAAGACAUUAAAACGUAGGCAGAGAAUUGUAUGUUUGUUUUGUUUAAGCGUAUAUCACAAUGCAUGUUUGUGGAAUGCUUAAAUAAGUAUUGUUAUUGCAUCCGUGAAUUGCUAUUGCAGUUAUUGUGAAGGACAUUAUUGCCUGCACCGGAUGGGGCCUGGUGAUAGUAACAACAGCCAGUGCCCAGUAGUUUGCUGAUAAGUUGAAGUUGAAGCGCCUUUUCUGACACCUGACUUGUCCAACUUGUCUGAGAAAAAAAUGGAUCUUUCUGCUUUUUCUGAUGAGAAGUUUGAUGUGAAGCAGUGGGUGGGCCAAGUUUUUGAAGCACCAGAGAUGAAAGAAAAUCCUGAGGGCCAUGCUGCAACAGUUGUAAUGAAAUUACAGCUUUUUAUUCAAGAAGUGAACAACUCCCUGGAUGAAACAAGUCAUCAGGUCCUCCAGAGCCUGCCCCGUCUGGUGCGGGACGUGGAGGCGGUCAGAGCAGAGGCCGCGCGGCUCCGCGAACAGAUGAGCGUCGCAAAAGCCGACAUCGUGAAGGUGGAGCAGGAGACGGCUCAAUCGAUGCGCACGCUGACCCGACUCGACACGGUCAAGUCGCGCAUGGAGCGCACCUGCCAGGCGCUGAAGGAGGCCGACAACUGGACCACACUCUCCGCAGACGUUGAGGAGGUUUUGGAGAGCGGCAGCCUGCAGCAGAUGGCCGACAAGGUGGCCGCCCUCCAGCAGAGUCUGGACGUGCUGGGACACGUCUCUGACUACGAGGAGCGCCGGCAGACGCUGGAGGAGCACAGGAACCGGCUGGAGGCCACGGCCAGCCCGCACCUGGUGGCCGCCAUCACAGACAACGACACAGCCCGCAGUCUGGUGCUGGUGGAGGUGUUCAGGCAGAUGGCCCGGCUGCCACAGCUGGAGAAGUACUACGUGCGCUGCCAGCGCGCCGAACUGCAGCGGCGCUGGUCGGCACAGCUCGAGGCCCGCCAGGAGGAGGGCGUGCUCGAGUGGCUGACGGCCUUCUCCGAGACACUGGUCGACACGUGGCACACGCAGACUCGUUGGCUGGAGCAGGUGAUGCCCCAUCUGAGUCCGGCCAGCACCCUGUGCUGUGUCCUGGCCGACACUCUGGCUUCCCUCCAGCCCAGCGUCGCCUCCUGUCUCGACACGGCUACCAAGGAGCACAGUGACCCGCUGCAGCUGCUGGAGGAGUGUAAGAGGGUGACGGACCGGCUGGUCACCACACUGCUGCAGGCCGCCGACGCCACGGCAGGUUCGAGCGGCUCGGUGCCGGCGGCGUCUGCUCUGGUGGAGGCGGCCUACGCUCCGUACGUGACCCAGCUGCAGCGCUACGGACGCUACCAGGAGCAGCUGCUUGUGCCCACCAUCAAGGCACUCGUUCCGUCCGGCGCGGACCUGCAGGAGCGUGUGGACGCCGUCGGCUCCUCCGUCAGUAAGCUGAUGACGCUGCUUCACUCGGCGCUGGACCGGUGCCUGUCCUUCACCUACGGCUACUGCCUGCCACAGCUGCUUGACGCAUUCCAGUGCGCCUUUGAGACGGAGCUGUCCAAUGUGAACGCCACUGCCAAACAGCUGGAGUCCCAGCCGAGCGCGGGCUCCGACUGGACCGUGUUCCACGCCAGUCUGCGGCUCCUGCAGGCCAUAGGUGACCUGAUGACCCAGACCAGUCGACUGGAGGAGCGGGUACUGAGUGUGCUCUCCCAGCCGCCGGGCGGUGUGCCGGCCCACCUCAGCGCGGCGCGGCUGCUGCCGGCCGGCGAUCAGAGCCGGUACCAGCAGCUGGUCGACAGGGUCGCGGAGGGUGACUCGUUAGUUCUACUGGAGCCGUGCCACCGCCUGCUCGACUCCACAAACGAGGAGGUACAGAAGGUGGCGUUCCGGGCCAUGUUCGCGCCGAUCCGCUCUCAGCUGAAAGCCGUGGAGACGGUGGACUGGGAGGGACGGGGCGGCGCCGGCGCCAGCCUGUCGGCCGACCUGCCCGACUUCAGCUACACGCCGCAGGAGUACAUCACUCAGGUGGGCCAGUACCUGAUGACGCUGCCGCAGCACGAGCCGUCAGUCACAGCUCUAACUCGGGUCCGUUCUCUCCGACAGGUGGGCCAGUACCUGAUGACGCUGCCGCAGCACCUGGAGCCGUUCAUGACGCAGCACGACCCCACGCUGGGACGGGCCCUCCAGUCCGGCGUCAUGCCAUACAGUUCCAGUGUGAGCGGCGGCCGGAGCGAGUCCGAGUCGUCCGUGGUGCACUACAUCAUCAGCUGUCUGUCCGAGGGCGCCUGUCAGGUGUACGCCGACACCAUAGUGCGCAUACAGCACAUCUCGGCGGGCAUGACCCGGCAGCUCGUCGCAGAUAUCGACUACCUGGGUAACGUGCUGGACGACCUGGGUCUGCGUCUGGCCGAGUCUCUACACGCGCUCAGCACACUGCUGCGCUGUCCGGCCGCCGAGUACGGCCGGGUGAUCGCCGCCGCCGGCCAGCCCCCGCUGCCGCCGCGACUGGUGGCCGCCGUCCGACAGAUGCGCGGCCUGGUCUCCGAGUCGUGAGUCCCCGGGGGAAGGUAGUGAUACAUUCCACGGGGAGGGGGGAGGGGAGGCUGAAGACGGGGGACGUGGACGCCGGUGUGUUUGGCAGCGCAGUGACUCGAGGUCGAGGUUCGGCGGGCGUUGUGUUGGAUGGAGCAGUGUUACACUGGUGUGACAGGAGUCCUGCAACAUUGUACUAUCGAUAUCAACCACCGCGGCUCUGUUGUCCAACAAUCGGUGAUGGUAAUUCAUGAUCAUCAUUAAAUGGUCGUGGGCUUACCCUGUUAUCGCGUGUGUCGGGUCACUUCACUUUAUGUCCGUCUGACAAAUGGCUUUGGUUCCAUUCAAAAGGUAAACACCGGUCAAUGCUACCUUUUGUUGCGAUAAACCCUCUCCUAGGCGAUUCGCCGUUGACAUUUUGCGUUCGAUAUGCAGUUACGGUUUUCACUUGUAAUCUACGCCCCCGAGACCAAUCAGUUUUUGUUGUUAUGUGUCGCUUUGCAAGAUGGAAUAUAUUUAUGCAUAUCUUUAA